AUGGAAAACUCGAUGAACGAGCAAGCGACUACUGUCGAAAAUCGCGCGCGCGUUUUUCAAGCGGAAGUUAAGCUAGCUACAUUUAAUUCAUCGGAAUUAGCAGUACGGUUGGAGCUAUUAGAACGUGCUCAAGCUUCAUUUGACUUAGCUCAGAAUGCGCUGGAGGAAAUUGACUAUAAUGAGAUCGGUAGUGAAACGCGGGACAAUUUCGAUGAGCGUUUUCUUGAAGUGAAAUCGCGUGUUCGGGUGCAUUUUGACAGUCGUGAGCGUCAAUUGAUUCGGUCGUCCACAUUGCGGCUUGAUGAGACCAUCGAUCCUUCGGCUAAUGGCCUCGGUGCCCGCGCUAAUAGACGUCGUCUACCCGAGCUCAAACUUCCCACGUUCGGUGGAGAUUAUAAGGAGGUGCGUCCAAACACAAUACCCGACUUGAAGGUGGAUGCCACAUUCCGCAAGGUGCCGAAGCAUGCGUUAACCUUUGAGCUGUGGAAGAUCGACGAGGAUCACCUAGAAGCCGUUGCUCAAGCACAAUAUGGAACAUUCUACGACAACUGUGCGUACAUCAUUUAUGCAUCGAGUUUAGUGGGACACUAUGCGAAUCACGAGACCAUCACACGCGAGCAAAAGCCGAAUGUGCCGUUGGAGCGUUACAUACAUUAUUGGCUGGGCAGCAAUGUCAGCGAACAGAAUCGCUCGAAUGUUGUGCACAAGAUUCAGCAGCUAAACUCGUAUCUAGGCAAUGUGGCGUCCAUUUAUCGCGAGACGCAGAAUCACGAAAGCGCACGCUUUCUCUCCUACUUCAAGAAGGGAUGCGAUGUACUCUCUGGCGCCUUGAUCAACUCGGUUCAAAAGGUGCGCCUCUUUCAGCUGGACGGUCGCAAGUGGCUGCGUGCUAUUGAGCUGGCUGAGAUUGAGUGGUCACACUUCAAUUCGGAUUACAUCAUGGUGCUGCAGAUGGAGGCCAUCACCUUUGUGUGGAUUGGACGCUCGAGUGCCUCGAUUGAGCGUCGAAGUGCGCUCGCCUGGGUGCAGCGACAGCGUGGCAAGGAUUCUGGCACUAUUUGCAUCGUUGGCGAUGGCUACGAGCAGUCGAUGAGUGCGGAGCACAAGCAGGCAUGGAAUAUGGUGUUGCCACUGCAGCAACGUCGUGUCUUUCAAUCCAAUCAGCAGAUGGACAGCAACAGCUAUGACUCCAAGACGAAUGACGAUAUCAAUGGCAGCAGCAACAAGUUUCGCAUUUACAAGUGCAAUCAACGUGGGCGAUUGCAUCUCGAUCAACUGAACGUGGGCACGCCCAGCAAGGAUGAUCUAAGCGAUGCGCAUGGCGUCUAUCUGCUCGACAACUAUGGUCAAACCAUUUGGCUGUGGGUUGGCGCCCAAGCCACUCAAGCGGAUGCUCUCACGGCCAUGGGCAAUGGGCGUGCAUUUGUGAAGAAAAAGAAGUAUGCAAACAGCACGCUCGUGGUGCGUGUGCUCGAGGGACAGGAACCCGUGAAGUUUAAGCGUUUGUUUGGCAACUGGCUGAUGGUGUGGCAGGAUAGUACAAGAGGCCACAAGCCUGUUUCCACCAAGUUUGGCAAAUUGGAUGCGGUUCUGCUGUGCGAACGCCCCAAGAUGGCAGCGGACAUACAGUUGGUGGACGAUGGACGUGGCGAGCGUGUUUUGUAUCGCAUCUUUGGCGAUCAACUGGUCGAGCUGCCGGCCACCAAAUUGACGUUCUUCACCACCAACGCCUCCUAUGUGGUCAAGUACACCGUUCAGUGUGCCACCGUUGUGGCCGCUGAUCUGGCCAGUGUGGGCGUCAAGAGCAUAAUCUACCAGUGGAACGGUUCGGAGGCAUCUGCGGAGACAAUUGCCAAGGCAGAUAGCUUUGCCAUGGCUAUUUUCGAGUCGAUGCAAGGUGCGGAGGCGAUGUUUGUGCAGCUCUACGAGUUCGAUGAGACGCCACAUUUCUUGCUGGUCUUCGAGGGCAAACUGAUCAUAAUGCGAGGUCAACGCAGCGAGCUGCUGCACUCCAAUAACAAUCACAAUUGGGACUUCAAGACCAAUAUUAUGCUGGAGACCUUUUUGCUGAAGAUCUAUGGCGAUGCCAGCUACAACUCCAAGGCUGUCGAAGAGCAUCCAUUGUCAGCGAUCAGUUCCAAGGAUUGCUAUGUCAUCAAGACGAAUCAUGUGUGGGUCUGGUGUGGACAGAGCAGCACUGGCGAUGCUCGGGAGAUGGCCAAAUCGGUGGGCGCACUACUGGGCGAAAGUUCGCUGAUGCUGAAGGGCAAGGAGAGCAAAGAGUUCUGGCAAUCGGUGUCAAUGUACUUCAAUCAGACUCUCGUCAUCAAUGGGCAAUCGUGUGGCAGCACCCGGAGAGCCAUAAACAAACUCUGUCUACUGCCCCUGAAGGAUGAUGUUGAAAGAUAGGCUUUCAACGGCGGGAGUAUGUCGGGAGCAGCAGACAGCGCAUGUUAAUGCAAUGUUGUUACAGCGUCUGCCAGCAGCGCUGCAUCUGCCGGCAGCGCUGUAUGCUCUUU